GAUAAAAGAGGAGGGGCGGAGGCUUUCGAGGCCAGAGACACGUACGGUUCGACCAGAACAGUAGCAGGAGCAGCAGCUGUUGUAACCGUGACGGGACGGACGCCUUCUCUGCGGCGGGAUUGUGUGUUUUGACAUAGAGAAUUGCACCUCAUCAACUAGUGCUAUGGAUGUUUUCAACAGGAACAUAAAUUUUGAUGCCCUCUUCAAGUUCUCCCACAUUUCUGCAUCAACUCAGCAGCACCUGAAGAAGGUGUAUGCCAGCUUUGCAUUAUGUAUGUUCCUAGCGGCGGCUGGUGCUUAUAUCAAUGUGGUAACUCAGCUGGUGCAGUUUGGACUGCUGACUGGCCUGGGAGCAUUAGGCCUUAUGAUUUGGUUGAUGGCCACACCCCACAGCCGAGAAACUGAAGAGAAACGUCUGGCUAUCCUGGCAGGCUUUGCUUUCCUCACUGGAGUCAACCUGGGUCCUCUGCUGGAGAUGUGCAUUGCCAUCAACCCCAGCAUCAUCCCAACUGCUUUCCUGGGCACAGCAGUGAUCUUCAGCUGCUUCUCCCUGAGUGCUCUCUUUGCUAAGCGCCGUGCCUACCUGUAUCUAGGGGGUGUCCUUUUCUCUGGCCUGUUCUUGAUGCUGCUGUUCUCCCUGAUCAACAUUUUCUUGGGCUCAACUUGGCUUUUCACGGCUAAUCUCUACAUUGGACUUAUGGUUAUGUGUGGCUUUGUGCUGUUUGACACUCAGCUCAUCAUUGAGAAGGCUGAGAAUGGAGACAAGGACUAUAUCUGGCACUGCGUGGAUCUUUUCCUGGACUUCGUUAACAUCUUCCGGGAGCUCAUGGUCAUCUUGGGCAUGAAUGAGAACAAGAAGAAAAAAGAAAAAUAAAGCGAAACCAGAUGCCUGCGUGGAGAUUCCUGUUUCUUACCCCCCUUUGCCUCUUUCUUGCUUCCAUCCAACUUGAUCUUCAUUAAAGGUGCCCCCUGUUCUUCUGUGUGAAUGAGAAGCAUCUGUGACAUUUUCAUACUUUGUGGAAAUUGGAUUUUUUUUCCCUUGGUUUUUUUUUUUUUUUUUUUUUUUUUUUUUGAGCCUCUUGAAAAAGCUAACUGGCUGAUCCUAAUGCUGGAGUCUGGCUUUGCCCCACUUCUACAUAAACACAUAUCCCACUUCACUCUUCUGACUAUCAGAGGCUGAGUUCAUAUCUGUAUUAUUGGUAAUGACAUGGCAGUUUUCACUUGAGGGGGGUAGCAUAAGUCCCUUCCAUUUUUCUAUUCACCUCCGAUCACAUUCAAAUUGCAGUGAGAGCAGAGCAGGGGAGAACUUGCCUCUUGCUGGUGCCGGUGAUACUCUGAAAUUGUUUUGAAACAUUUGCCUGAUAAUAAGGCUGACUUGUCUGCAGGGGUUUUAAAGAGAUGGAUGUUGCUCAAGUUCCUUCCUCUAGGAUGGGUGGAGGGGAGAGGGUGGGAAGAAAGAUGCAAGGCUAUAAAACUAGUUGCAGAUUGAAAAACUCCUGUUGGAGAUCUUCUAUGAUCUGAUCCAUCGUGCUAACUUCUCCACCCUCAUUUUGCCACUGGUUAGCAAAAACUAACUUGUGCAGGUGAGAAAUUUUGUCUGGCACUCAUCUCAGUUUUUAGCAACUGCUGACAGGUUUUUAUUUGUUUGUGUGUUUGUCUUUAGAUAGGUGUCAGUGUGGUAAGGUCUGGUCUGGUUUAAUUGCAUUCCUGAUAUUUAAUUAUUUGAGUUCGCUUAGGAGGAGGAUGAACCCAGCACCUUGAACUAUUAAUGGGACUGAGUAGCCUUGGUCAGCAAGAUGUCAGGGUGACAUGGGGCUGCCUCUUCCCUUUUAACAUCUGGGAAUGAAUCCUACCGCAAAUGGGUUGGAGGGAAUUGGCUGGAUAUUGUAUAACGGGAAUAGUAUUCCUACAUCCUGGAGAAACUGGGAUCGGUGUACACUUGGUAUUAAAAAUGGCUCCCUCUCUUACAUGCCCGUUAAGCUUUCCUUGCAGCUAACCAGAUGUUUCUCCUGCUCUUCUUGGCAUCUGAAACCAGGCUCCAGUUUUGCUUGCUUGAGAAAACAAAUUUUUUUUACGUCCUCCGUUCUUCAUCCCUCCUUCCCCCUUGGAAUAGUGCCAAGAACUAAACUGCAAGAAUCUACUUCAUAGAGACCUUGUCUAACAGGGUUUAAUAGAGUAAACUCUGUCGCUCUUUGGAUGGCCAGCCCUGGCUGCAUUCUUUAGCCGCCUACUGUGAAGAGACAGGGUUUUUGAACAAAAAAACAACGGUGUUUUGAUUCAAAUAAAAUUUACAUUGUCUUGCUUUGUAUGGGAAAAAUAUUAAAAUAAAAAUCCUCAAACUUUA